AUGUCCUUCAGUUUCAGUAAAUCAUUUGGCAAAGACACGGUAAUAUUUGCCACCAAAGAGGAUCAUGCUACACCAUCAACCGUAGAGCUGCCACCACCAGAACCUGCCCAGGGCCUAAUUACCAAAGAUGGCGAGAUUAAUUGGAGCUGCCCUUGUUUGGGAGGUAUGGCCACCGGGCCCUGUGGUGUACAAUUUCGCGAAGCCUUUUCUUGCUUUCACUACAGUGAGGCGGAUCCCAAGGGCUCUGAUUGCUAUGAUGCUUUCCGAACAAUGCAAGAUUGCUUUACAGAAUAUCCCACCGUCUAUAACAAAUCUGGUGGUAGUGGUGAUGAUGAUGAGGAUGGUGGCGGUGGCCUAGAUUUGUCUUCUAUGGAGGAUUUGAAGGAUGAUGAAAAAGCAGCCGUUGAAGCGGCUGGUGCUACUACACAGUCCGUUGAAAAAAUAAGCAAAUAAAUUCCUUUAAUUCUUUUAGCAUUUAAGAGAGUGUGCGUGUUUAAAGAUUCAAUAUAUAAUUUUAAUUUUUGUUAUACCCAUACACAAAAUGAAUACGAAAAUGAAAAGCUGAUAUGUAUGGUGGAAGUAUUUUACAAUAAAAUACAAAUAGAAGGUGA